AUGGCACCUACUCAACUGGAAAUAAAAGUCAGAGCCUUACAACGCUUAGUGAAGGAGGAGGCGUAUUAUCAGCAAGAUUUGAAGGAACAGAAGGAGCGUGUGAACGAUUUAAAGUCAAAGAGUGAAGUGGAUCCCUACGACUUGAAAAAGCAAGUGGAAGUAUUGCAAGAUACUGAAAGGCUUCUACCCACACUUUAUGAUAAAAUAAAUCAGUUCCGCGAAGAUUUAAACCAAUUUGUUCAAUCAUACAAGGGCACCGAAGAUACUGCGGCUGCAAAAGAUAUUUUGAAAGAAGCUGAGGAAUUACUCAAGACGAAUAAGCAUUAG